AUUAUUUCUCCUACUCGUCCCAACCACCACGUAGAGGUCCAACCCAACUCUCCCAAUGAUGGAAAGUUUAGAGGUAUAGAUGAACUCCUAUCUCAAGUUUUACGACUGCUCAAGCAAAGGCACAUAACCAGUUCCUUCUCUGGAACCAGUAGAUCUUAA